CUUCUCUUCUUCUCAAUCAUGUUUGCACUCACUCUUUCUGGAAAUUCACUCAUCAUCUUAAUAGUGAUUUCGGACCUUCAACUGCACAAGCCGAUGUAUUGGUUUCUGUGUAAUCUCUCCAUCCUGGACAUGACCUUAUCAGCUGUGGUGGUUCCCAAAGUUAUUGCAGGAUUCAACGUCUUGGGAAGGGUCAUAUCCUUUUCAGGGUGUGUCACCCAGGUAUUCUUUUUGAACAUUGUUGGGUAUGCAGAAUGUUUCCUUUUCACCGUGAUGGCUUAUGACCGCUUCUUGGCCAUAUGUAAACCACUCCAUUAUGGCAACAUUAUGAGCUGGAAAUUGUGUCUCAUUUUCUCCCUUGCUACCAUAAUUGGUGGGUGCCUCCAUGCUACCUUUCAGACAUCUCUCACCUUUCAUUUGUCUUAUGGGGAGAAUAACCAUAUUGACUAUGUCUUCUGUGAUGUUCCACCUGUCCUGAAGUUGGCUUGCAGUGACAUACAUUUCAAAGAACUGAUUAUCAUCAUUGACAUGGGCUUUAUAACGAUGACCUGCUUUCUCCUCAUCCUAACAUCUUAUGUUUACAUCUUCACAGCCAUUUUGAAGAUCAGUAGCAGUGAAGGAUGGCAGAAAGCUUUCUCUACUUGCUCUGCCCAUCUUACUGUGGUGUGCCUAUUCUUCCUGCCUGUGUUCUAUCACUAUUUGAGGCCAGUUUCUCAGGAAUCCAUGGAUAGUGUGUUAAGCAUGUUCUACACCACCAUCACACCUUUGUUGAACCCACUAAUAUAUUCCCUUAGGAACAAGGAGAUAAAAACUGCUCUCCUGAAACUCUGGCGUUGGAAUCCAGACUAG